AUUCCCCCCCCAACUUGCAGUCUCCUGCGACCAUAGGGGUGAGAUCAUGUGUGGGAUCUUUUUCUCCUUGAGUCAAUCUGGAUCAGUAUCCCCCAAUGAGGAGACUUGCUGUUUAUUGCGCAACCGAGGUCCAGACAGCUUUCAAGCCCAUUCACUCCAGCAUGAUGCGCACGCCGAUCAGGCCGAUGCAAGGGGCUCCCUCUGCCUCACGUUUGUCUCCACCGUUCUUUCCAUGAGAGGCGACCAUCUCGUGUCCCAGCCUCUCGUCGACACCGCCACCCAGUCCGUGCUCUGCUGGAAUGGGGACGCCUGGAAGAUUGCAGGUGAACCAAUCCAGGGCAAUGACACGGAGGUAAUUUUCAACCUAUUACUGCAGGCUACAAAGCCUUCUUCUGAGUCUUCUCCGCCGAGUGACACCGUGCAAAGCGUUGCGGAUGUCAUCAGUAGUAUUUCGGGGCCUUUUGCCUUUGUGUUUUAUGAUGCAGUCAACUCUAGGCUGUUCUUCAGCAGAGACUGCCUAGGACGACGCUCACUACUUCAAGGCUGUGACAAAAGGGGGUCCCUGAAGAUAUGUAGUCUCUGCGAUGGGACCUCAACUACUCAUUUUGAGGAGGUUCUCACGGACGGAAUGCACAUGAUCGAUUUGACCCAGAGUGUUCUCCAGGAUACCCCUGAAGCUACCACUGGUGCUAAUGUUACUUUCAACCUCGAAACCAUUCAGACAAUACCCUGGAAUAAUAGCGACUCGCCUGCGGGGCACAAUCUGAGGAAUCCAAUUCCCCCCAUGAAUAUGUCGACCCCAGAUGGGGAACCCCCUCAGCUAAGUGUUGAGUCUCUUUCUGUCAGCAAUCUUGAGCAGAAGCUCCGUCAAUCCCUCGCUCUAAGGAUCCAGAAUGUCCGGGCGCCUCCUGGGGCUACGGCAGAAGGCGAUGUGAAAGUUGCCGUUCUGUUUUCCGGAGGUCUCGACUGCACCCUGCUUGCUAGAAUUUCCCACGAGCUCCUACCACAUGAUGAGACCAUCGAUUUACUGAACGUUGCAUUCGAGAAUCCCCGAGUCGCUGCCGCUGCCGGUAAAGAAGCAAAGGCCGUUUCGGUUUACGAAAACUGCCCUGACCGCAUUACUGGCCGAGCAGCGUUUGCAGAGCUACAAACGGUCUGCCCGGACCGCAACUGGCGGUUUGUAGCGAUUGACAUUCCCUACGUGGAGACGGUUGCCCACCGUGACACAGUGAAACGCCUGAUGAGGCCUCACAAUACAGAAAUGGAUUUGUCCAUUGCAUGCGCAUUGUAUUUCGCCUCGCGCGGACAAGGCGUGGCAUUUGACAGCCGACCAACCCACCCCGAACCCCUCGCAUAUACGACUCCCUCGCGGGUGCUCCUAUCCGGUCUGGGGGCCGACGAGCUUUUUGCGGGAUACGCCCGACACGGAAUGGCUUUUGCGCGCAGUGGAUUCGAGGGUCUCAUUGAGGAGAUUCACCUGGAUGUUAGGCGUCUGGGUAAGCGAAACCUCGGCCGCGACAAUCGCGUCAUUGCGCACUGGGGCCGUGAAGCACGGUUCCCAUUCUUGGACGAGGAAUUUGUGGCGUGGGUUUCGCAAAUGCCUGUCUGGGAGAAGUGCGGAUUUGGAGUUCCCGGCUCCGUGGAAGAGACAUCCCUAGAGUCCGGGCUUGACUCGGAAAAGAAGGCCCUUCGCCUGGUAGCGCUCAUGCUGGGAAUGAACCAAGUGGCUCGCGAAAAGAAACGAGCCAUUCAGUUUGGGUCCAGGACGGCUAAAAUGGAGAAGGGUAAAGUUAAAGGGACUGAUGCUCUCAGCUGAAAUUAAACUCUGCCUUAUGGGCUGUGACCUACAUCAACCCACCGGCUAUGAUGACAAACAUGGAAUCAGAUACUUCUGAGAUCCUUCCUCCCCUAUCGCAGGCUUUCUCUUCCCUAUUAUCCAGACCUUUGCAGUCAUUCCAAUCAACCCCAUAUGCGACUGCAAACCGCCCUCUAUUAUCUCCCCCUCUCUGCACCGAUUUAUUCGGAGCGGGAGGAACUGGCGAUGGUAGAAACGGGACCGGUUCUUCACAUACGGGGUCGGAGGCACGGGGACUAUUCUUUGCUCUGGAUGAUGGUGUUGGGGAUGUCACGGACAGGCGAGAGGCUGGGCGAUGAAGUGUGUAAAAAGGCAAGUCUGAGCUUGUGGUGUUGAUGUGAUUUUUGUAUAUACACUUACAUUUACACAUACACAUACCUUUACAAAGUUAUACAUAUAUGGACUUAUCGAAGACACUGAACG